AUGCGAACACGACAAUUCGCAUUGGGGGUGCGACUCAUAUGCCUCUGGUUUCUGUUACUCUUCCCUGCCUUUGCCUCUGCGUCUCUUGGGGACCGGCUACCGGACUUUCGCGAAUGUAUAUCAACUUGUGUCGAUGAGAACUGCCAGCGCGGUAACUCUGUCCUUCCGCUACAUCUGCGCCUAUUCUUCUGGACUUGCCCAUCCAAUUGCGACUAUGUCUGCCAGCAUAUCAUCACAGACCGUCGUGUCUCUAGAGACCCUCCAAUGCUAAAGCCUGUCCUCCAGUACCAUGGCAAAUGGCCCUUCUUUCGCUUUCUGGGCAUACAAGAACCUUGUUCGGUCCUCUUCUCCUUCUUCAAUUUCCUGGCACAUCGGAAUGGCCUUGCGAAGAUCCGGGAUAGGAUCCCAUCCGAUUAUCCUUUGCAGAUCUACUACAUCGCCUUCAGCUAUGUCGGUAUGGCAAGCUGGGUAUUCAGCAUGAUCUUUCAUACACGAGACUUUGAUAUCACAGAAAAAUUGGACUACUUUGCUGCAGGGGCGAGCGUCCUUUACGGAUUGUACUACACGCCUAUCAGGAUAUUCAGACUAGACGAAGCCGAGCCUGCCGUCAAGCCAGCAUUGCUAAGAUUAUGGACCUUCGUGUGCGCAGCGUUGUAUACGGCGCAUGUCUCCUACCUGACAUUUUGGCAUUGGGACUAUGUGUACAACAUGGCAGCUAAUGUCGCGGUGGGGGUGGUGCAAAACAUUCUGUGGAGCGGAUUUAGCUACAAGACGUAUCAAGAAUUGAAGAAGCCGUGGGCAGCAUGGCCUGGCAUGAUCGUUGCGUGGAUUAUUAUGGCCAUGAGCUUGGAAUUGUUGGAUUUUGCUCCGUUAGGAGGAAUGGUGGACGCUCAUAGUCUAUGGCACCUGGGAACGGUCAUACCGACUAUCUGGUGGUACAAUUUUCUUGUGAAAGACGCUCAGCAGGACAUUGCUGGAGAAAGACUCAAAGCCUAA